GUGACGCCCAGAACCGGUGCCAUGGCAGCAACGGAGAGUUCCGCUGCGUCUGGGAGCAUCGCACUACCGCCAGAGGAACAGGGAGGAGCUGGGCCCAGCCCGGACCCAGAACGUAAUUCUGGAGGUUCCUUUUCGAUUCCAGAGGCCUCGCCUCCCGUCCCCGAACUCUCCAGCCCCAAUGGCGCGGUCCCCCAAGCGAUCCCAGCGCUUCCCGUGGCCGCAUCUGCAUCCCUGGGCUCUUUGCCGGCGGCCGACGCCGACCCACGCUCCCGGCCCGGCCCCGAGACGUUCCGCCAGCGCUUCCGGCAGUUCCGAUACCAGGACGCGGCGGGCCCUCGGGAGGCCUUCCGGCAGCUGCGGGAACUCUCCCGCCAGUGGCUGCGGCCCGACGUCCGCACCAAGGAGCAGAUCAUAGAGAUGCUGGUGCAGGAGCAGCUGCUCGCCAUCCUGCCCGAAGCCGCGCGGGCCCGACGGCGGGGACGCCGCACCGACGUGCGCAUCACGGGCUGA